UGUAUAUUGUUCUUGAUGAUCAUUUAUUUGAUGGUUUUAAAAAAUUAAGAGAAAGAGCUGAAAGUUCUCUGAGAAUCUCGUCACCUGAAUGUAGAAAUCAAAAAAACCCAAACCAAUAAAAUGAUUGGGUUUUGUUGUGGUUUAAAACAAAAAUUAUCUAUUGUUUAUAUUUGGGGUUUAGCUAUUUUUCCAAUAAACAUUGCUUUGAUCAAUGGUUUUUGGUGUUUAAUUGUUAGAUUAUUUGUUCUGUUGGAGUUGAGUACAAGGAAUGUUUGAGGAUUUUCGUGCUUGGUAGCCUGGAUGUCAUAAUUGAUCAAGUUUAUAUAUAUAUAUAUAUACUGGAAAUCCUAUAUGCAUAGAAUAUAUUCUAUGCUUUGAGAAUUUCUAUUUUGUUCUUAGCUUCUUAUCUUUGGAAAUGCUUGAGAACAAGACAAGUGGUGAUAAUUUUUGUGAGUUUGAUGAUCAUCGCACAAAUACUGGUGUUUUGCGACAUGUAUAUGUGUGUGUUUAUAUUAUAACUAAAUGUCUUUUUUCUUCCUUCAUGGGCUGAUUAUUGGCGCUAUGCAGGAUGGUACGUUAGAGUCUGGCAAAACAUGGGCAAUCUAUUUCUCUUUCCUUGCCAGGCUUCUACGACGAAAUUAGAAACUGUUUUCGACCUUUCUGCACUGAUACGGAAUUCGGGUGCACAAUUCGGUAAACUAGCUGCUGUUGGAAUAGGGGUGGAUUUAGUUGCUAGUUAACCAUACUUGUUCCAUAUACUUAGAAAUGCAGUUGUCAACAUUGCUUUUAUUUUCUUUUUCAUCUAUCAAUAGUUUUUUUUAUUCCGUUGUUGCUUCAGUAAGUUGAGCAUUAAUGUACAAAAAGAACAGUGCUCGAGAGUCGAUAAUCAAUUAUCUGCAAAGGGCUUUGAAUUUUGGACGUGGAUGGUUAAAAUGGGUUUGCCUCAAGUUUCCUCUAGUGGUGUUGUCGAGGAAGUCGCUGCAUCGCUGUACGUUUGUACAGACCCCACACAGGAUUGUCAGUGUGAACAACUGUGAUUUAAUAAGGAUGCAUGGAGAGAAUCUAGGAAAUCAAAUUCAGGUGGAUUUGCCACGCUCUUCUUUAGGAGAUUUGCGAAUAAAAACCACUGGGGAGCAUCCAAAGGAUCCCGAGACUUUGAAUGUGAAUAAAUACGGUAGAUCCAACAUUUAUAAGCUGAAGAUUGGUACUGUUGAACAAUAUGGCUGGUUCGGUCAUAAAACUGGGAAUAAUAUUCAGACAACUUCUUCCACUGUUGUCCGUAUCACCAGUAAUGCAGCCGAGUCUAAUGGUUCAGUUGCAAGGAAGCAUCUAUUGUCUCCUUCGAGUGGAAUGCUCAGCCCCAAUCAAUUUAAUGGUGAUGCUCUCGAUAUUGGUGGUGGUAUAAGCCAAAGUUGUUUUGUCGAUGGAAUUAAAACCUGCCAUAUUUAUGUGUCACAAGAGCAUAAAAGGGCUUAUGUUAGCAACUCUAGUUCUUUAGACCCUGUGGUCUGCUCAACAUCUUGUUCUCGAGGAUGGAAGAAUUCACUUCUUGAUAAUUCUCGAGCAAACUCAAUAGUCCUCACCGAUGGUCCUCUACUAAAGAACAAGGGGCUGCAAUCUGACGGUCACUUUGUGUCUACAUCUCGAGCGCUAAGUUAUUCUGGAGAAACGAAUAAAAGAAGGCACCAGACACCAGCUAUCGCAAUACCUAUCAAGAAGACAGCCUCACCUUCCUUAUCUUUGUCUCCUCUUGGUCCGAAAUCUAUUGAAAGAACAAAAUAUGUUGAAAGAUGCAAGGAUAUGAUGGAAAAAUUAGACGAUUAUAUGACGUUCAAGGAUAUGGAGCAGUCUCUUAAUGGAACAGUAUCUGUUCAGACGGAUGAAGAUUUUAGGUUGUAUAGUAAAUCAUUUCAUCAUUUCGAUGAUUUGCAGAAUCGAGACUUGAAUCUUGCUUGUAAAAGCGGCAAAUUUGUCAGAAGUCUUAGUGGACCAUCUGCCAGAAGGUCCUUGGUUGGUUCAUUUGAGGAGUCCCUGUUUUCUGGUCGGCUGUUAUCGGGAAAAGCUAGUCAGAGAAUUGAUGGUUUCCUUGCUAUUCUCAGUAUCGCGGGUGGGAAUUUUUCUCCGGAAUCAAAGAAACUUCCAUUUGCAGUAACUAGUGUCGAUGGAGAUAACUACUUGCUCUAUUAUUCAUCAAUAGAUUUUGCCAGGCAUGCCUCAACAAACAAGUCUAAAGGCCUAAAAACGAAAUGGAGCCUGAGCAUUGACGAUUCGCAAGCUGAAAGGAGUCACCUUCUUGUACCUAUGAAGGGGCGGAUACAAUUGGUAUUAAGCAAUCCGGAAAAGACUCCGAUUCACACUUUCCUUUGUAACUAUGAUCUUAGUGACAUGCCUGCCGAUUCAAAGACAUUUAUGCGCCAAAGGAUUACUUUGGCUCCCGCUACCGCAACACACACACCAGUAAAAGAAAACCGUAAAAGCUCCGAGAUAAAAACGGAUCCGAUUAGUGGAAUAUUACGUACUCCUGGAUAUCCUGACCAGGAUAUGAAAGAUACAGAUAGUGAAACUGUUGAAUGUUCUGGGGACUUCGACAGUCCAUCGAAUGAUAGCAAUGUAAAUUUAAACAAACUUGUACAUAGCUCAUCAAGGGUGAAUGAGAGUAUUAUGGGUGCCGGUGUUCUGCGCUAUGCACUUCAUCUCCAUUUUUUAUGCUCUUCCUCCAAGAAAUGUUCAAAGUCCGUCCGAAGGUGCAAAUCCGAUCCUCUGUCUGUACCAGCAGAGAACAUGAACAUCAAAGGGGAGCGACGCUUCUACUUGUACAAUAAUAUGAGGGUGGUUUUCCCGCAACGCCAUUCGGAUGCCGAUGAGGGUCAGCCACAUGUGGAGUACGAUUUCCCAUCGAAUCCGAAGUACUUCGACAUCAGCAGCUAAAAAAAUGCCUGCAUAAGGUUCAUUUCUCUUUGCCUGUUCAUAAUUUUUGCACAUGCAUGUAAAUGUAGCCUCUUUCAUUUAACCACUAAUGGUGGCAAAAUGCCAAUUAAUUUGUACAUAAUGAUUCAAUAAUCAGAAACUUUUAUUUAUUCAUCACCA